CUACUACAACUAUACUCUUACACCAAUUCACCUCUUUUCACUCUAUACACGACAUAAAGAAUUACUCAAAAUGGCCAUUUUCGGUUCCAGCUCCGGCUCGUCCGGCAACGUCGACGAGAUCAAAUCCACCAUCGUGAAGCAACUGCAACAAGAGGCCGCCGUGAACAACGCCCGGCAAUUGAUCGGAAAAGUCAACGAGCACUGCUUCGACAAGUGCAUCCCCUCCCCCGGCUCGACCCUCUCGUCCUCCGAAGAAGGCUGUCUGUCGACGUGCAUGGAGAAGUACAUUUCGCUGUGGAACGUCGCUAGCAAGAGCUACAUUGCGCGGGUCGGAAAGGAGAGCAAGAAGUAUGGGUCGCAGGAGACGAUUGCUAUGAACUCGUUGGCUACUGGUGGGGAUUAAGGAUGAUGUAUGAGAAAAUGCAAUUGAGGGGUGUUUUGUCUUGUGAUGAUUUUCAAGAUUGUACGAUAUGGUGAAUGCGAAUACAAAUGAAAACGUGUAUAGUAUGUGCGUUUUUCUUAUUGUAUGGAGUAGACGAUGUGGAUGUCAAGGUGG